AGAAGGUAGGAAAAAUCCAUCCGACCUGUAGCCAGCACCUACUCGUACGUCGUUUGUUGCUGAAAUUUACUCGUGCUUUGUGCAAGGAACAACCUUUCGAGAUAUUCGGUGCCGAUGUUCGGUGAUAAAAUAAAGCUAAAAAUUGAAUCGGAAUACAAACGGCAUCUCGUACCGGGCGAUAACACGAUGCAAAGCGUACAGGUAUCACACCAAUGGUCGAGCAAAACUCGGCACAUUUCAGACAUCAGAAAACGGGGUAGCCUAUAGAGGGUGAAAUUCAGGGGCCUGUUUCCACAAACGCGUCAGCGCGCGCGUGUGUGUGCGUGAAACGAUUCACAACGAGUUAUGGCAAUGCCCAUUUACGAACCUGGACGCAUCCCGCUGGGGGUUGGGUGCCGGCAAAUGAGACCUUUGAUAAGUGAAAUUUCUGUUUUACGUGAAACGAUUUGGAAAUAUUGCCAUUCGAGAUUGUUUUUUUUUUUGGAAAAUGUGUGGAAAAUAAUUGUUGCAAUGGGUUUUAUGCGCAAAACGUUGUGCGUUAUGGAAGCUACCUAGGCAAGCAUCUGGCAUGUGUUCGGGCGGGCGUAUGGAACGAACGAAUGGCUGGGCUGGGUUUUUUUUCUUGUGUCAUUUACUACAUAUGUAAACGCUAACCCCUUGUGACUUGUAACAAAAAGCAAGUUCAAGCUAUGAAACAUCAUCAACGUAUAAUGUGUUGAAAAAAAAAAAUACCGCGAUGAACUGUAACGCCGCAGAGCGUUACACGUUUCAAAUAAAGGGUUAUGUUUCAUUUAAGCUAAUAUAUUUGCUGUGGUUUAUGUGCAAGUAAAUGCAUAAAACUUUAACUUGAUUAUGCUGAUUCAUGAAUAUCCACCUGUAAAGUCUUUAUGUAAGCUGAUUCCUCAGUGCAAAUAGUUUGUAGCGUUAAAUGCGUUAAACGUGUACGGCAUGGUUUAUCGUGUCAUUUUUCAUAAGAUAUGUUUACUUUUAGGAUUAUGGUUGGCUUUUCGAAAAGAAACUACCCUCAAAGUCUGAAUCUUCUUCUACAAUCAAUAUUAGACCAUCUUUCACAGGAAGAUGUCUUGCAGAGCGAAGUUAUCCGAGAAGUUCUGAACAAAGUCCUUUGCAACUUAACUGAUUUGUACCAAUUCGUUCUACUAUCAAUUUGAUUGUAUGCAAAAAUGUACAUUUGUAGAAAAUUCAUCGACAUAAUGUCGGUUGAUUUUAUCCGGAGCGCGCCAAAACGACUGAUUGCGAGACUCGCCAACAACACAAGUCCACGAUCGCAAGACCCUAGUUUCUUCUUCUGUAAAUGAACGUCAACGAAGACUACGUCUCAUAUCUAGUAGAUGUUCUAACAGUUUUAAAGGCAGUAAUAUUAAUAUUUAGUAGAAAGUUCUAACAGCCACUGCAACGGCAAAGUGAAUUUGUUUCUUCUGCAAAGUUUUGUUCAGUUUGAAGUCGAAAUUUUCCACACGAAUUGAAUACCCGUCAUGAGAGCCAAACGUUUAAAGAAAUGCCGGAUAAAUCAACGUACGCUUUUCGAAUGCGACACGGUAUCGUCACAUAGUUAGUUUGGUAUGGGUUGAAGAAGCGUAACAAAUCUAGAUGAAUAUUCCCCCAGUGGCAAGUUGCUAAGUGUGUGGAUAUUGCUAGUAGAGGUGUCAACUUUUGAAAAACCGGCUUAACGCCCAAGUAAAAAGUAGCAAGAACCAGUGACCGGGCAAGGGAGAUCGAGCUCUAAUGAUAAUGAUGUUCCCCCUCUAUGCAUGAUCGUGGCAGUAUAGCGUUCGACAGCAGCGCGUCAAGUGGAUAUCGGGGACUCGAACCGAUCUACACUUGCCAAACACGUCUCAGCUGCAUCUCAGGCUGCUGGGCGGUGGUGGUGGAUCAUCUUCGGAGCUAAUGCAACGUUUCGAGACGCAUGUGAGCGUUCCAACUUCACACCCUCCUUCCCCCACUACUCGCUCUUAAUGGCUCACCUAUCUGGAACGUGGCCAGCGGAGCCGGUAAACAGUCGGGCAACGAGUCAGGAACCGCAGAGGGACCGAUGAGCCAACAGCAACCCGCCGCAAGCAUGGACAUUAACACGAGCGUGGGCCAAGAGCAGCAGCAGCAGCAGCAACAGAACGAUUCGCUCAGCGGUGGCGAGGGUAGCGAUACCACGCAGGAAGGCGGCAGCAGUGUCCCGGGCGGGGUGAAAGAGCCGCGACAUUUUAUUAAAAAACCACUGAACGCAUUGGAACGAAAGAGAAGUGAAAAGGAACGCAAGGCACGUCAGCUGCGCCGGCUUCGCAAAUGGUUAAUGCCGAAGAAUGCGAUCGUGGCACUGCACGAGCUGCAGGGCCCGGGCAUGGCCGAGUUUACCGUGAACACGAACGGGCAGGAAACGAAAGCGGAAAUCGUCAUCAACAACGUCAAGUACGAGGCAACCGCACCGAACAAAAAUCUCGCGAAGGCAAAAGCUUCCGAGAAGGCGUUGCGGGAUCUCAUCUUUGCGCAGAUGACACGACUCAAGCAGCAGCGAACCGCGGCACAGCAAAAACAGCAGCAGCAGCAGCAACAGGUGGUGCCGGGAGCUGCUGCCACCACCGUCGACAAGGUGGACGGACCGGCAGCAGCAAAGCCCGAAGCCGAACCGAUGGAAUGCGUCGAAUCGGAGGACCUGCCGAUGGAACAUUUGGCCGCGUUCGCGCUGCACAAACUCUUUACGCAGUGGGAAUCGGAAGGAUUCGAGGUGCCGUUCAUCAAAUCGUCCCGGGCGAAAACGGCCGCCUCGGCACCGGCCCCAGCGGAGAAUGGUGGUGGUGGUGGUGGUGGUGGCGGUUCGUCGAUCAUGCCGAAGGUGACCAAGACUGUGGCGGAUCUGCCGCCGAACGCAAGCACACGCCAUCCGACCGCACUGUUUGCAUACAUGCGUCCACAAAUUUCGUACGAAGAUCUCGGUUCUAACAACGAUCAGCUGAACCGAGAAUUUGUAGCCGGCUUACGGUCGGACGGUCGCUAUUUCGUCGGUAAGGGCCGUUCGAAGAAGCUGGCACGGAAGGCGGCCGCUAUCGAUGCCUGUAAGGACCUGUUCGGGGUAGUAUUUGACGAGAGUGUACUUAGUGGCUAGAGUCCGGGCGCGCGCGUUGCCAGUUGCCACUACACAUACUGAUGUGUAGAUGCCUGAUGUUAUAUAUAAUUUUUAUGUCAAACCCCUUAUAUACUGAAACCGAUAACAGAUCAUACAGGCAGACACACCGAACAGGCGAUUCUGUCCGUAUUGCAUAGUAGAGGUUCCUCUGCCUCACAGCGUAGCACGUUGCGCGAAAGGCUCAACCACUCGGACAGUGUCGAAGUCAAUAGCUGCAUUAUGUAGUUGCGGCUGAUAUAUUUAAGAUUCUAUUUAGUGAAUUUUUUUAAGCUUAGGCUCAAUUCAAACACAUGAACACAUGUUCAUGUAACAACAAAAUCUACUUGACCACAGAGGGAAAAGGAUCUUAAUUAAUUUAUUUUACUCCUAGAUUAAAUUGUAUCAAACUGCGAUUUUAUAAAGGAAAAAAAAAUACAGAGGACACUUCUCCUAUGUAAUACGGGCAUUUUUAGAAGGACCCCUAAAGAAUCGUUUUCCUUCGUCUUGAUAGCGUAGCUGGAUAACCAGCAGAAUAGAGCAAACAAACAACCAACCAGAGUCCCUGGAGUCAUUGGAUUUGAAACAUCCGAGAUCCUAUUAGCCGUUUGAUAGAGAAUUGCUAGCGCAAAGACGGAGAAGUCGCGGACCGUGGACCGUCACACUAAGCCCGUGGCUUCCGGUCGACCUGAGGAUGCGUUGCGUUCCCACAAACAGAUUGUAAAAUACGUUUGUGUUUCGUUUUGUAAAAUCCGUUUCUGUUUCGUUAAAUAUUUUUGUACGUCUAGGGAAAAACCUUGCCACUCAACUACCGGCUGCUUGCUGAGAUGAUUCUUACGGUUUACAAGCGCCAUAAGUCACAUUAUGUUAGGGCUAGAACACGUGUUGAGGCUCGUCUGUUUUUGAUACGGUUUUACGGCGCGAAGAAGUAAAAAAAAACUCAAACUCCCUCCGCAUAUUUCAUCCCAAGUGACGAACGCAAACAAUUCCAAAUGAUGAGCACAUUAACUGUAAGAUAGAUAAUUAUAUGGAACGCUGCUAUAUCUAUACUAA